GUCUGAAUGAGCAACAUCCUCGUCCUGCCACGGGCUCGCGUUCUUGAGGAAUUCGUCAUCAAUGAAAGUGAAGGAAGACUAAACAGGAGAGGAGAAACGCCAGAAUGCCGGCGGGUCAGAGGAGACAGACGACUCCUUAAUGGGGUAUGUUGUCCUCCUGAUUGGGUGAUGAACGCAGGGAAGGAACCACAUGUUGCUGAAGGAGUAACAGAAGUUUUCUGUCUACACAACGUGCUCUUCAGCAAAGCGGGAGGCUCUUACUUGGGAGACUGACAGCUGACAGUGGAUAAGCUCCUGACGGUUCACACUGCAGUCCUGCCUGCUGAAGGAAAUCUCAGAUACGAUUUCCAUGAAGAAGAUCCUGAGCCAGAAACCAGCAACAGCGAAUGCUAUGGACAUCCUCAGCGCUGUAGAUUUCUCCUUCACAUAGCAUUUCGAGUGGAUCGCUGCAUCAUUUUUGAACUUCCAGACGGUUCUUCCCAAAAGCGGCCAUGAGCGGAAGGAGCUCAGAUUGAAACAGGCGACAGGGAAAGACAUCAGAUGAUGGGGGCACCAGGCGGGCCAGUUCUGGGUGGGUUUAGCUCCACCACAUCCUCCCUAGACCUCGUUGGCUGGAUGAUCUGGCCUGGGAACACCACAGUCAGCCUGAACCAAAGCUUCUUUGGGACAGACUACAGCUUCAAUCUGUCGUCCUCCUCUUCGUCUUCUCCUCAUGGGGUGAAAAGGGAGGAGAUGAAGGAGAAGAAUUGGCCGGCCCUGCUGAUUCUAGUGAUUAUCAUUCUGACCAUAGGAGGGAAUAUUUUGGUUAUUUUGGCCGUGUCACUGGAGAAAAAGCUGCAAAAUGCAACAAACUUCUUCCUCCGCUCCCUCGCAGUGGCAGACAUGCUGGUUGGCAUCUUGGUUAUGCCGAUAUCUCUCAUAAACAUAUUAUAUGAUUAUGCCUGGCCACUGCCCAGCGCUCUCUGUCCUAUUUGGAUAUACCUGGAUGUGCUUUUCUCGACUGCUUCCAUCAUGCACCUGUGUGCCAUUUCUCUCGACCGCUACGUGGCCAUACGGAAUCCAAUUGAGCACAGUCGCUUCAACUCCCGCACCAAGGCCAUGCUGAAGAUCGCUGCCGUUUGGACCAUUUCCAUAGGUAUCUCAAUGCCCAUUCCAGUGAUUGGGCUGAGUAACAGGGAAAAGGUCUUGAAGAAUGGCAUCUGUGCUCUAAACGAGGAACUCUUCAUACUGGUUGGCUCUUUUGUUGCCUUCUUUAUUCCUCUGGUCAUCAUGGUGGUCACAUACUGUCUCACCGUCCAAGCACUUCAACGCCAGGCCACAGUCUUCCUCUAUGAGGGCAAAGCUUCUUCCCAGCAGCCUUUGCAGCCUCCAGCUCCACCUUCUUCCCAGUUGGUCCCACCACUGGCUCCAUCCCGUCGCAGCAGUCUGAACUGCUUGCGGAUCAGCAGCAGCGAUGGAAAUACACUUGGUUUGACCGUGCCCCCAGACACUAUCUCAAUAAUCCCAAGUUCAGAAGCGCCAUCCCAAAUGAAUUCACCCGCAGGACGGGACCCAGGUGGAGCUCAUGGACGACGGGGGAUGAUGCAGGCCAUCAAGAAUGAGCGGCGAGCAUCCAAAGUGUUGGGUGUAGUGUUCUUCCUCUUCCUAUUCAUGUGGUGUCCCUUUUUCAUCACUAACGUACUGUACGUCCUGUGCCAUAGAACCUGUAAGGAAACUCUACUCACGGAACUGCUCAACGUGUUUGUUUGGGUGGGUUACAUCUCAUCAGGGGUCAACCCUUUAGUGUACACUUUGUUUAACAAGACCUACCGAAGGGCGUUUUCAAACUAUAUGCACUGCCAAUACAGACACGUAGGGCUUAAACCCAUCACUAUAAACGCUCCAUGUCCAUCCCAUGCGGUAGUCACACCCAUUCUGAUCUGUGAAAAAGUUUCCAUUGACCGCAAUAGUAACUGCCGCAAUGGGGAUGGCAAUGGAAUUCGAAAUCUGGAGACUCUUGAUAUAGACACUGACACCGGACUGGAGCUGAAACCUGGAAUAUCAGAGAUCUCCAUAAGCAGCGGUCACAGCCACACAGAACACACCAGCAGUGUCUGAAAACAGGACAGGGAGUUACCAAGCUCUAAGUGUGGAGAUGCUGUGCCCAUGAAAAAAAACGUUACUCUGAUGAGCUGUCUCCUCAACCUCAACUGUAACACAGCAUAGAAUGUAUGCUGAAUUAGCUCCAGAAACAAUAAUCUGACUGAGGUCAGAAAAGUGAGGGGAAUGUUACAUGAAUGAGUGUGUGUUUGUUUGUGUUAACAGGUUCAGAUGUUUGAAUGCCAUUAAGUAAUGCAUGAUCAUCCAGUUUCUAAUUAAAGCAGCAUUGGACAUUAUGAGACUGCAGUCCACGCAAGAUAGAGUCAUAGCGUCCUCUUGUGGUCGAUCGAGUAAUUACAAAACAAUCUAGUGUGAAUCCAAAAAGGCACCGUCAUCCAAGCUAGUUGCAUUACAAUGGAUGAAGCUAUGCUGUCUACAUACACUUGCAAAUCAGACCAUUCUUUGUGUAACUUGUAAACAUAUUCAGUGCUAUAUGCUGAAUCCUUUGAGUUGCAGUGAAACAAUAAUACAAUUGGGUCAUAAUGUAUGUCAUCCUCUAACAAUGCAGAGGAAAUGACUGCAGUUCUUUCCUUCGACCCAGCAAUCUGGACUAAAUUAAAUUAGACAAUAGGGUGAAUGUCAUACCUAUCUUAAAACUUCAAUACAAACAUUCAAAAAUACUUAAGACACAACAAAUAUGGCUUCGGUUUUGCGUUUUAAUGCUGUCCAAAUUCAGGGCUUUAUUUUUCUUCAGUUUUUAUUGUUCAAGGACCACCCAGAGGCCAUCUGAUUGACAUGUACAGAAACCAAUCCCAGUUUAUUUUGUACAGCGUCAUUUUAGGGAUGUGAAAAUGGCAAGGUCCCUACAACAGUAGUACAAUUAUAAUGAGUCUAUGCCUAAACUACUCCUUUGAAAACCCUAGGUUUAGUUGUACUGGUAAGUUAUAAUUGUCACAGAUAUAAACACAAUGGCUUUCCAUAUGAAGAGGUAUGCCAUUAUGAUGGCUUUUUUUUCCAAUUGAACAGUUAAAGAAUGAGAUCCUAUAGAUUUCAUCUAAUCAGUUGAUGAUUUCAAAAUUCUUUCCAGUUUUGUUUGCCAUAAUCAGCAGAUAUGCCAGCAAUCCAUGGGUGGUCCAAACUGCUUCUCAAGGAUAGUUUUCAGCAGGUAUUGAAGUAAUUCAGCUCUCCUGUGAAUGUAAGAUUGGUUGUGUGCUGCCUCAUCAAUUGGUCAUGACAGAGUGAGAGAAGAAGCAAAAUUGCACAAACGAUAUGAGUACUAAAAUCAUUUACUUUAUAUGGACAUUUAUUUGGUGUCCAUGGCAACAGAUGUUGGUCUGCAAGACCGAAACUGGUCAUUUGAGGAUGUCUAUGAACAUACGAUGUAAAAAGCUGUAAAUUCUUGCUGUUUUUCUGUGUAGAGCCUUAGAAUUUCUCCUCUAUCACCUGCCCUUGUUCAAAAUCCAUUUUUAUACCAUAGCCUGUGAAUGUUUACCAGAUCCUUUUUUGUUUAAACAAGACAUAUCCUUGCAAUGCCAUCUUUUUGUGAAGCUGCUAUUUAUUUAAUAAAAG